AUGUCAAAUCAGCCGGCAGGCGACUGUGAUGAGGAGUGCGACCCGAAAGCACGUGGUAUUGACGGUUUCUUCAAAACAGUGCCAGCAUCCAAAUGGUCAUUGGAGACUUACAUUAACCAUAACCUCGAGCAGUCUGGCGAUGAUCUUGACUUUGACCAGUUAUUCGCCAUUUUCACGGAGAGCCUCGACCAGAUCAACCAACUCAUUGCCGUUCCUGUGUCGAUUCGGUCGGUUUGCAGUAACUAUCUUAGUUGGCUACAGACAUUGACAGGUAAAGGAGCCGUCGAAAUAUGCCGCGGCUUCUUCGAAGCUAAAAUAUUGCUUAGAAGGAAAACUUCUAUGAAAGCUGUGGUUGAGGAAACGGUGAACGUCACCGCCCAUACGGAGGCGUAUCAAAGUCACCUGCAAUCUCUCGUCCAUGUUAAUGAAGCAUUCCCCGAGUUUCCGCAGUAUGCGCCUAGGACUCCACCAAAUCUUCAAGGGGACCUGACAUUAUUAAUGAAAACACCUAACAAAAGACCGUUAGAAGAUGAACAAGUACAACAGUACUCGCACGACGCUGCCGUCGUCUUUGCGUCCGAGAUGACCGAGGAGUUAAAAGCGAAAAUCGGAGAGGAUCUCGCUAAGGAAAUAUCCUCGGUGCGCGGAAAAAACCCUGCUGUUUGGACACCUGCCUUGGAAAAGUACAUCGAUAAUGCGCUCAAGGCAUGUGACGACUUUAAGCAGGCAAUCCAGAUCAAAGCACCGGAUGUUGGGGACGAGCUGUUCCGACUAUAUUGCGAGAAGGUUCUCAUUGACUUCUUCAACCUCGUCGAUGUCUGUUCAACGAUGAGCCGGAAAAUCGGCGAGCGAAAAUACAUCAUCUACCAUAUAGCAUCGCUCUUCAAGUUUUACGAGACUACAUUCAUGACACUCAAUUUCGAUUGGGUGGAAUCUCAUGCUCAUGCUGCUAAAAUGGCAAAAUCAUCCACCACCUCUGGAAUUGUGCUUGUUGAUGCGAAAGCAACAAGAAACUCUGAUGGCCUUGAUGUAUGGCACAUGGAAGUCUCUGGGCCCCCCUCGAACGCAACUAUCGGUCAUACAUUGGAUGACACCAAAAAAAUCCUCCGAAUGGACAUUUUGAAUUUGAUAGCACUGCUACAGGAUCAUCUUGACUGUGAUAUAAAACUGGCAACGAAGAUUAAAGUGUUCAGCACUCAGGCGAUUGAACCGAAAAAUUACAGCACUAUCAGAAGUAUUUUGAAACAAGAACAAGGCGAGAAACUUGCUCCUUAUGUUUUUAAAUUAUCCGACACCAAAGCUAUUCAAGAAUACUUGGAUAAAGAGAGAAUUACCUACGAAAUUUACCAACAAUUAUACGUCAAUUCUAAUAAACGCAUAAAUACCGCUCAUCAAGAAGAUAUUUCUGGAUGA